UAAACAGUUCGAUCAACUCGGGCCGUAGAGGUUCCAUAUAAAGAGGAUGAAGGCCCUUAGUUGCGGCUUAAUUGCUUUUAGAGUUGCAGAAAGUUCUUCAUGAUAUUCCAUAACCUCUGAGCAUCAGCACACUGUAGACAAUGGCGACGGAAGCUGAGUUCGUAGAACCAGUGUCAACGAUGGAAUAUUCGAGUGGAAAGGUGGAGCAAAUCAUGAACGAGUUUUCCCUGGAAGAACUGAAGAAGUCUCGUGCCGUGCCGCACCAGCCACCUGAGGCAACAGAAAUCGCAGUGAAACUUGGAAGUGAGGAUAUCGGCUGUAAGACUGAGGAUACUGUGCGGCAUGCCUGUGAAGGCCAUGGCAGAACCUUGGAAGGUGAGAGUUUUUCAGAAUCACAUCCAUCUGCCAAAGUCAAUGUCGAAGGAAAUGAAGCCGAGAAUAAAAUGUUAACGCCGGAGAAACAGCUAGAGAAUGAUGGACCGGAUGAAGCCAUUCAAAAAGCUGGAGGAGAAGAAGAGAAGUUUGAAGAAGAGGUGAGCAGAAAAAGUUGCAUCAAAGAUACGACAGAAACCAUACUCCUAGCAAAGAUCGACGAGGCAAAAGUUAAAGUGAUUGAAGGGGACAACGCAUAUCAGGAGACUUCAACGGAAGAAUUCGCUAUGGUUAUUGGGAAAGAAGUAAGUGCCUUGGAGAUGAGUGCGGAAGAUAUCGAACCAGAAAGGCCUGAUCAGGAAUAUGGCGAGAGGAAUCCUGGAGAGUCUGAAGGUGCAAACACUGGAGCAUCUUUAGUUCACAGUCCUAAUGAGACCAAAAGUUUAUCUGAGUCGAACGAGAUGAAAGAUGCGAAACCAGUCGAAGAUGAGAUAGACUGUAAGAGCGAGCCAGCAGGUUUGAUUGAACCAGAAGUUCAGACCCCACUGGAGCUGCAGAAUUCCGAUACCAUUGCCACGGGAUUCAGUCCAGUUGAUGAAAGCAAUGUUGAUUACCAUCAAGAAGAAGCAAAUGACUCCAAUUCCAACAGGAGUGUCGUGCUUGACUUCCAUGCUGUCGAAAAGCACGAGGAAGGCUUCACAGAACAAAGCAAACUGGACAUCAAGAAGCCUGAGGGUUGCAUUCACUCAGUUACUGAGGAGCUACGUGACGCUGAAGCAACUCUACCGAUUAAAGAGGAGACGCCUACCCUGAGCAAAGUAGAUGUUGCUGAAGAGAUUGAAUCUCCUUUGUCCAUGGAAACAAAGAUCGGCGAUGAAUAUGAAGCAAGCAAAAGCACAGAGAUUGCAGCUGCAGCUCAUCCAUCUGCGGAAAAGGAUCCCCCGGCAGCUGAUGAAGCAGCAGUCGAAAAGCUAGUUGAAGAGAAGGAGGCCACCGUGCAAAAGGAAACACGAGCUGAAAAGGAAUCCAUGUCUGGCGAAGACGUAGACAGUGUCAUUGCAGGGAAACCAUCCGAUGAGAAGAAUCUUCUGCUAAUUGAAGAAGUAGACCAAUUAAACAAUGGACAGAAUGAUACGGAAGCCAAAAGGCUCGAUGAAAUCAUGUGCAUCGAGUCCAAGGAACGAAUCAGUGAAGAGAAUGGAGCUGCGGUAUCUAAGGGAAUACAAAUUGGAGCCGAUGAAAGCGAGGAGGUUCCUGUCCCAGAGAAGGAGUACUUACCAUUGAUUCAAGAAGCAGGCGAACUAAACAGUGGAGUGGAUGGCAUGGAAACUGAUAAGAUGAUUGAUAUCUCGAGCUUCAAGACAGAGGAACUCGUUGAGGAAAAGCGUGAAGUCCAUGAAGCGAAGGAAACACAGGCAGAAGACAAAACUGAUGCAAGCGGAAGCACGGAGAUUGCCUUUGCAGGGCAUUCAUCCACUGAUCAGCAGAAUCUCCUGCAAAGUCAUACUGAAGAAGAGAUUGAAGCCAUCAAUGUGGAAGCUGAAAAGUUAGAUGAAAUCUCAGAUUCUGAACCCAAAGAGCAAGAAAAUGGAUACAGUGAAGCUCCCAAGACACAGAAGAUACAAGCUAAAGAAGAAUUCAAAACACCGAAAGAUUCUGAGGGCAUGAUCUCAGAGCAUUCAUCCACAGAAAAGGAGCAGGAGACGAAUCAAGGAGUUGCCGGAGAUAAAGACACCAAAGAGCCGAUGAUAGAAGAAACAAGUUCGGCUGAGGAACUGGGGGUGCUUCAAAGUGGAACAGACGUGGCAAAUUCUUCGAAAGAAGCUCCCGAGGAACAUACCGGUAUUCAGCAGGCCAAAGAAGACAGUCUGGCAUUGGCAGAACAAUACGAAAUAACUCACUCAGAAGAAGAUGUGCAAGCCGAUGCCUCCAAGGAAACUGCUGCAGAACCUAACCUGCCAUUACCUGUUGAUGUUUCGAGACUAUUGGAUGAGGAAGCAGCACAAGAAGAACCGCUCAGGCGCAAUCCUGCAAACUUUGAGGAAGUUGCUUCACCUAAAGAUGAAGUAGGCACAAUCAAUGAGGUAUCAGAAGCCAAAAGUCAAGAUCGAAGCACUGAUACUCCAAUCGAAGAGAUUGAUGCGAGAAAAGAAGAAACCUCAAAGUCAGACGAGGGUGCCGAGAAUGUGAGUCUGACAAUGGACGAUGUUGUGGAGGAGAAAACAAAGGAAUGUGGGUCAGAUGAACCUCUCACUGCAGCAAGUGACAAGCAUGCAGAGAUGAUCCUUGAAAAGCCAUCAACAGAAGUAUCACAAGAUUCCCUGACAGUGACUCAAGAAAAACCAGUGCUCAUUAACACAGAAUCAGUGGUGGAGGUUCAGGAGGUUCAAGAAGUCGAUAGAAGUGAAAUGACAGAGGAGAUCCCGAUGCAGAUGGAUGAAACACACACAGUUGCUGCCGAAAAUAGUGCCACAGUGAGUGAACAAGCAGAACUCGGUGAAGAUGUAUGCAUAGAAACCCAAAUACAAUCCAAAGAGCACAUACAUAAAGAUGUGGAGACUUGGAUGAAAAAUGAGGCUAUGGAUAUGACUAAUCACUGUAAGACUGAUGCAACCGAACAAUCAGAUGAGAACUCCUCGAACCAAAAAGUUCAAAUGGAUGUAAAUGAAUAUGAUAAAGCCUGCGAGGAGGCCUUGGACAACACCGAAUCACUCCCAACAAGUUUGGAAACUGAGAAGAUAGUCUUAGAAGAAAGCUUGGACUCCAAGAUUCCUGACGGAGAAUCAAGGGAGGAUUACAAGCUGGAAAAUAUAACAAUUGACUUGAAACUAGACGCUGGUGUCGGAGAAGAGGUCAUUGAUCCAGCAGAUGUCGGAAAAGAGAUCAGCUGUGCCGACGAGAGCCGCAUCGCAUAUAAUGCCAAUACAAGUACAGAUCAGGAAUGCAUACCGAGUGAAAUGAGUAGCACAGAAAUAAAAGAGCAAAAGGAGUCCACCUCGGAGAAUGAGCAACAUGAAACUGCCAUCAAAUUAACACAAGAGCGCGAUGACACAGAGGAAGCUGCUGAGGAUGAAAAGGAAAUGAAGUUGCAACGUGAAGAUAACCUGGAGUCAUCUUUAGCUGCAGUGGAAAGAGAGGAGAAAUGCUCGGAAGAGGAAGAUAUGCAAACAAAUGGAGCACCCAAGUCCGAGGUUGAAGCACCUGAAAGUCCAGAGGGAACUACAAAAGUAGAAGAUGAGGCAAAUGUUCAUGGCCAUGAAGGAACAAUGAAACCAGAAAUUCACGAGCAUGACAGCGAAACAUCACAAGAAGCAAUUUCGGAAGCCGAAGCAGGUGAAGUCCCCGCUGAAUUUGGGGACGCCACUAAGCAGGUGACUUCUGAGGAAAUAACUAUAACCUCGGAGCCUAAGAAGCAGUCUGAGAAGACAAACGGAGCAAAUGAUUCGAUAGAUGAGAAAGUUUCAUGUGAAGAGGAUGACAAUGCAGAGAUUCUGAUGAGAAAUGCGACUACACAUAUAAAUGAUCAAGGUAAGAGUGAUGAAACAAAAGUGUCAUAUCAGAAUUCUUUGGACCAAGAUGUUCAAAUGGACAAUAGCGAAUGUGAGAAGGUCCGUGAUGAAGCCUCGGAGAAAUCUGAAUCACUCUUUGUUAGCUCAGAAACCGAUAAGAUAAGCUUGGAAGAAAGCUCGGCCUCCAAGAACCCCAAUGAAGAAUUAGAGGAAGACAACAAGCCUGAAUAUGCACCACUCGACUCAAUAUCAGGUGGAGAUGUCAUAGAAAAGGUAACUGAUCCAGUAGAUGCAGGAGAAAAGAUCAGACGUGCCUCCGGACCAGCACCUGAAGAUCAGAGUUAUGAAGCACUUUCCGGAACUAAAGAGGACAUGUCCCAAAAAUCCGACGAGAGCCGCAUUGCAGAUGAUGCCAAUAAAGUUAUUGAUCUGGAAUGCAUACCCAAUGAUAUGAGUGGCGAAGAGAAAAAAGAGAAAAUGGAGUCCCCAUCGGAGACUGAGCGGUGUGGAAAUAUAGAUGAACCCACGGAGGCCAUUGAAUUGACAAAGGAGUAUGAUGACACUGAGAAUGAGAAAGCUGUUGAAGACGACAAGGAAUUGAAGAUCCAACGUGAUGUUAACUUGGAAUCGUUUUUAGUUGCGGAGGUAAGAGAAGAAAAAUGCCUGGACGAGGAAGCUGCUCAAACAGAUGGAGCACCCAAGUCUGAGAUUCAAGAAAAAGAUAGCGAAACAGUGUCAGCAGUCAUCUCAGAAACUGAAGCUCGUGACCAUUCCACGGUGCUCGAGGGUGCCAAGAACCAGCCAACUUCUGAGGAAUUAGCUAUAAGCUCCGAGCCUGAGAAGCAGUGUGAAAAAACAUCUGAAGUGAAUGAUCCUAUUGUGGAGAAAGUUUUGAGCGAAGAGGUUGAUGAUGGCGAGGAAAAAUCCCAUGGCUGCGAAAGUUCUAAAGAGCAAGUGAUCAAUGAAGUAGCCAACUCCGAGGAUAUCCUUGCACCGUCACCAGUGGAAAGCAUAACCGUUGAGGAGGGAGACUCCGGCCUUGGAUCGGAGUGUACUGAAGUGAAAGUUGAAAAUGUGCAUGCUGAGGAAAUCACAACAGGAAGAAGUGAAUGUGAAUCCACCUCAGAAGAUUUCGAAACAGAAAAAAUUCAGGAACAUGGAAGUUUCUUAAUUCCACAAACUGAGGAUGCGGGAGAAGAGGUCUCAUCUAACUCGAUGUGUCAGCAAUCUGUUCCAGAGCGGGAAAAGCUGGAGAAAGAGGAAGCAGCCGUUGAUGUUUCACAUAUCGAGUAUGGGGAAACUAAAGCGGGUCCUGAAGAAGUCUGUAGCUCCAAACAUCCGGAAACUGAAGCAGUGGACGCAGUCGAGGAAACCAUUGAGGAGGAGAAGUCAAAGACAACUGCAAGUGCCGGAGAAAUCGACGGAACUUCCAGGGAAGUGGAUGUGUCUGAUUCUCAAUUCCCAGAAUCAGUUUCUGGAGAAGAAAUAACUUCUGGUCGAUCAUGCGAGUUGGAGGCUCAAAUUUUGACACCAGGCCCGGUUAUAGUUCCAGAGAACGAAGAGAAUGAAACCGCUGCAGUGGUUGAGGAUACCAAUGAAGAGAAUGAAACCGGUGAGGAGAUGCAACAGCAUACGAGCCCGGAGUUAUCUUCUGCAGCAGAGGUGACAAAAGAAGCAUGGCUCGAAAAGGAAGAGCGAGCCAUUCACGGGGAUACUGAAGCCAAUGAAGGUAGACAACACACUCCAGAUGAAACUGACGGGGAAGGGGUCCCUAAAGGUGAAGAUUCAGGACAGGCUGACAAACUGCAUGAGAACAUCAUUCACGAGAAGCGUCAGGGUGAUGGAGAAGUUGAUGGAGAUGUCGAUGGAAGUGAAAGCACGAAACGGAUGAUCCGGGAAGACAGUAUUUCCGAGAAGAGACACUGCAGCAUGGCGUCAACUGACAUUGACGAAGCAGCAGCUCACGGUGAACAAACAAAAGUAUUGGAGAACAAGGGAGUUUCGACCAGCGUAAGUGAAUUAUCAACAAAAGAAGAGCAGGAUAUUCAAGAAGAGCAUGAUGAACAAAAAGUUGUAUCCGAGGAGCAAGCCGCGGAUAUGGUUGAGGAUAUCAAAGAAAAAGCUGUAACAGAGUCGGUCGUGCAAGAAAAUGAGAGUCUAGAAUUAUCUUCUGCAGUGGAUGUGAAAAAAGAAGGAUGCAUUGUUAAGGACAACCAAAACGCAGAUUCUGCAGCAGCCAAUGAAGCUGCAGAGGACACAACACAUGAAGAAGGUGAGCAUCAGAGUGCUCCAGUUGAAGAUCUAAAGGUGGAGCCUUCAGAAACGGAAAGCAGCACAGAAUAUGCUGAAUCCCCAGCAACAGCUGAGAAAAGUGCAGCAACCAGCAAUACUACAGAUCUCUCUCAACAGAAUGAUAAAAUGACACAAGAAGCAACUUCAGAAAUUCAAAUGGAAGAAAAGUUCCAGGGAUCGGUCGACUCUGGGAGCUGGAGCUUGAACGCUGAGGAAGUGACUAUUGAAGCUGACAAACAGCACGAGAUAAUCAUUGACGAGAAGCAUCGUUUUGAUGAAGAAGUCAAUGUAAGGGAAAGCAUGAAACAGGUGAUCGAGGAAGACAGAUUUCCUGAGAAGAGAUACUGCAGCACGACAUCAACUGAGAAUGAUGAAGCAGCAGCUCACGGUGAACAAGCAAAAGAAGUCUUGGAGAAUAAGGGAAUUCCCACAGAGCAGGAUAUCCCAGAAGAACAUGACGAACAAAAAGUCAUCUCCAAAGAAAAAUAUGCAACAGAGUCAGUCGUGCAAGAAAGUGAAAGUCUAGUAUCAUCUUCUGCAGCGGAUGUGAAAAAAGAAGCUGCAGAGGAUAUCCCACACGAAGAACAUGACGUUCGGAGUGCUCCAGUUGAAGCUCUGAAGGUGGAGCCUUUAGAAACGGAAAGUGGGAAAGAGUAUGCUGAAUCUCCAGCAACGAUUGGAGAAAGCACAGAAACCAGCGGUGCCGCUGAUCUCUCUCCUGAGAGGGCUGAAAUGACACAAGCAGCAACUUCAGAAAUUCAAAUGGAAGAUGAAUUUUCAGGAUCAGUAGACUCUGAGAGCCGGAACUUGAAUGUUGAGCAAGCGACUAUCGAAGCUGACAAACAGCGCGAAAACAUCAUUGAUGAGAAGCAUCAUGGUGAUGGAGAAGUUGAUGGAAGAGAAAGCAUAAAACAUGUGAUCAAGGAAGAUAGUGUUCCUGAGACAAAAGACUGCAGCUCGGUUUCGGCCGAGUAUGAUGAAGCAGCAGUCCACGAUGAACCGACAAAAGAAGAAAUUUUGGAGACUAAAAGAGUUUCAGCAAGCACAAGUGAGUUAUCCAUAAAGGAAGAGCAGGAUAUUUCAAAAGAACAUGACGAAGAAAAAGUUGUCUCCAUGGAGCAAUCUGGAACUACAGUUGAGGUUAUCAAAGAAGAAGAUGUAACAGAUUCGAUUUUGCAAGAGAAUGAGAGUCUAAAAUUAUCUUCUUCAGCAGAGGUGACAAAAGAAGAUUGUAUUGAGAAGGACAAGCAAGUGGAAGACAUAGUCUCAGCAGCCACUGAAGCUACAGAGGACACUCGACAUGAAGAAGAUGAGGAUCGAAGUGCUCCGGUUGAAGCUCAAAAGCUGGAUACUCUAGAAAAGGAAAGCGAGACAGAGAAUGCUGAUUCAACAAUUGAGAAAAGCUUGGAGUUAAUUGUUGAAACUGAGACGAUUUCCGACUUAAUGUCCCAGAGGAGUGAAGUAACAGAAAAUGUCGAGGCAGAAAACCAAACUGAAGAAAACACUUUAGGACCAAAGGAUUCUGAAAUUAGGAGUUCGAUCUCCGAGGAAGAGACUGUUGAGGUUGGCAAACAGGAUGAGAAUGCCAUUGAAGCAGAUGGUGUCAUCCAAGAUAAAAUCUCUGACGAAAAGGAUGACGGCAAGCACGGAAAAAGUCACGACAGUGAAGGCGAAGAGGAUACAAAGGCGACUCGUGAAAUUUCACGAGGAAACUUAAAGACCAGUGAGGAGGGAGACUUUGGCAUAGUUCCAGCACAAAACUACUCGGUGACUGAAUCUUUUCCUAUAUUAGCAGAAAAAAAUAUAGAUGAAGAACGCAACAUUGCGUCUGAUGUGCUAGCUAAUGUUGCUGAAGAGUGUGUGGAACAGGUGGUCCCUGAGAAAAUCGAGACAUCGUACGAUGAAAGCAAUGCUGCAAAUAUGGCUAUGGAAGCAACGGACGUCAACUCAGGGGAAGCUGAGCAUGAUCAGACUGAAAAGGAAUCCGCACACGAGAUUCUAGCAGUAGCACAGGAUAUUGAAGUAAAGAGUAUGAUUUCAGAUGUAGCAAGAAGUGAUGCUGACCGUAACAACCACUCUGACAAUGCAUUGGAAGCGGAAAGUGAUAACAUUCUUUAUGAAGAGGAAAAUGGUGCAUUCAGGAGAGCUGAUGAAAGCGCAAGUAUCAAAGAAGAGGUGAUGGAAAAAGGCCGCACAAUGGAGGAAAGUAAUGCAGCAUGCAAGGAGAGAGACUCUAGCUCAGUACCAGCUGAGGAUAUUGCAGCAGAAGACCUCCCUGAACAGACACAAGAUGGAAAUCUCGAAACUGAUGCAAAUCCAGAAAGCAAAAGCGAAUCAUCCGUUAAAGAGGCAGUCGAGAGUGGUAAGAAUCGAGAAGACACAAAGGUACCGGAGGAUGUCAAGAAGGAAAUCCUGGAAGAAGCAGAUUCUCGUUGGGAGAAGAUUGAUUCAGCAGCACCAGAGAUCAGCCCGCUUGAAGCUCAAGAAGAUGAGAAGCCCGAGAAAGGAUCCAAUAUUGACCUCGAGCAGGGGUCCCAAGAAACAGAAAGCAGCACAGAAUAUACUGAAUCUCCAGCAACAGCUGAGAAAGUUGCAGAAACCAGCAAUGCUACAGAUCUCUCUCAAGAGAAUGAUAAAAUGACACAAGAAACAACUUCAGAAAUUCAAAUGGAAGACAAGUUCCUGGGAUCGGUCAAUUCUGGGAGCUGGAACUUGAACGUUGAGGAAGUGACUAUUGAAGCUGACAAACAGCACGAGAUCAUCAUUGAUGAGAAGCAUCGUUUUGAUGAAGAAGUCAAUGUAAGGGAAAGCAUCAAACAGGUGAUUGAGGAAGACAACGUUCCUGAGAAGAGACAAUGCAGCACGACGUCAACGGAGAAUGAUGAAGCAGCUGUUCAUGGUGAACAAGCAAAAGAAGUCUUGGAGAAUAAGGGAAUUCCAACAGAGCAGGAUAUCCCAGAAGAACAUGAUGAACAAAGAGUCAUCUCCGAGGAGCAAGCCUGGAAUACAGUUGAGGAUAUCAAAGAAAAAGAUUUAACAGAGUCAGUCGUGCAAGAAAGUGAAAGUCUAGUGUUAUCUUCUGCAGCGGAUGUGAAAAAAGAAGAAUGCAUUGAUAAGGACGACCAAUCCGUAGAUGCUGUGACAGCCAAUGAAGCUGCAGAGGGUACUCGACACGAAGAACGUGACGAUCGGAGUGCUCCAGUUGAAGCUCUGAAGGUGGAGCCUUCAGAAACGAAAAGUGGGAAAGAACAUGCUGAAUCUCCAGCAACAAUCGGGGAAAGUGCAGAAACCAGCGAUGCCACUGAUCUCUCUCCUGAGAGGGCUGAAAUGACACAAGCAGCAACUGCAGAAAUUCAAAUGGAAGAAGAGUUUUUGGGAUCAGUAGACUCUGAGAGCCGGGACUUGAACGUUGAGCAAGUGACUAUUGAAGCUGACAAACAGCACAAAAACAUCAUUGACGAGAAGAGAGCCUGCAGCACGACGUCAACGGAGAAUGAUGAAGCAGCAGUUCACGGUGAACAAGCAAAAGAAGUCUUGGAGAAUAAGGGAAUUCCAACAGAGCAGGAUAUCCCAGAAGAACAUGAUGAACAAAGAGUCAUCUCCGAGGAGCAAGCCUGGAAUAUAGUUGAGGAUAUCAAAGAAAAAGAUUUAACAGAGUCAGUCGUGCAAGAAAGUGAAAGUCUAGUGUUAUCUUCUGCAGCGGAUGUGAAAAAUGAAGAAUGCAUUGAUAAGGAUGACCAAACCGUAGAUGCUGCGACUGCCAAUGAAGCUGCAGAGGAUACUCCACACGAAGAACGUGACAAUCGGAGUGCUCCAGUUGAAGCUCUGAAGGUGGAGCCUUUAGAAACGGAAAGUGAGAAAAAAUAUGCUGAAUCUCCAGCAACAAUUGGAGAAAGCACAGAAACCAGCAGUGCUGCUGAUCUCUCUCCGGAGAGGGCUGAAAUGACACAAGCAGCAACUUCAGAAAUUCAAAUGGAAGAAGAGUUUUCGGGAUCAGUAGACUCUGAGAGCCGGGACUUGAAUGUUGAGCAAGCGACUAUUGAAGCUGACAAACAGCACGAAAACAUCAUUGACGAGAAGCAUCAUGGUGAUGGAGAAAUCGAUGGAAGAGAAAGCAUAAAACAGGUGAUCGAGGAAGAUAGUGUUCCUGAGACAAAAGACUGCAGCUCGGUUUCAGCCGAGUAUGAUGAAGCAGCAGUCCACAAUGAACCGACAAAAGAAGAAAUUUUGGAGAGUAAAGGAGUUUCAGCAAGCACAAGUGAGUUAUCCAUUAAGGAAGAGCAGGAUAUUUCAAAAGAACAUGACGAAGAAAAAGUUGUCUCCGUGGAGCAAUCUGGAACUAUAGUUGAGGAUAUCAAAGAAGAAGAUGUAACAGAUUCGAUCCUGCAAGAGAAUGAGAGUCUACAAUUAUCUUCUUCAACAGAGGUGACAAAAGAAGAUUGCAUUGAGAAGGACAAGCAAGUGGAAGACAUAGUCUCAGCAGCCACUGAAGCUACAGAGGACACUCAACAUGAAGAAGAUGAGGAUCGAAGUGGUCCAGUUGAAGCUCUAAAGCUGGACACUCUAGAAAAGAGAAGUGAAGUGACAGAAAACGUCAAGGCAGAAAAUCAAACUGAAGAAAACACAUUAGGACCAAAGGAUUCUGAAAUUAGGAGUUCGAUCUCCGAGGACGAGACUGUUGAGGUUGGAAAACAGGAUGAGAAUGCCAUUGAAGCAGAUGGUGUCAUCCAAGAUAAAAUCUCUGACGAAAAGGAUGACGGUGAGCACGGAAAAAAUCAUGACAGUGAAGGCGGGGAGGAUACAAAGGCAACUCGUGAAAUUUCUUCAGGAAACUUAAAGACCAGCGAGGAGGGAGACUUUGGCAUAGUUCCAGCACAAGAUUACUCGGUGACUGAGGAUACGGGAGAAGUGUGUCAGCUAUCUGUUCCAGAGCAGGAAAAGCUGGAGAAAGAGGAAGCAGCCACUGAUGUUUCAAAUAAUGAGUAUGAGGAAGCUAAAGCGGGUCCUGAAGAAGUCUGUAGCUCCAAACAUCUGGAAACUGAAGCAGUGGACGCAGUCGAGGAAACCAUUGAGGAGGAGAAGUCAAAGACAACUGCAAGUACCGGAGAAAUCGAAGGAACUUCCUGGGAAAUGGAUGUGUCUGAUUCUCAAUUCCCAGAAUCAGUUUCUGGAGAAGAAACAACUUCUGGUCGAUCACGCGAGUUGGAGGCUCAAAUUUUGACACCAGGCCCGAUUAUAGUUCCAGAGAUUGAAACUGCUGCAGUGGUUGAGGAUACCAAUGAAGAGAAUGAAACAGGUGAGGAGAUGCAACAGAAUACGAGCCUGGAGUUAUCUUCUGCAGCAGAGGUGACAAAAGAAGCAUGGCUCGAAAAGGAAGAGCGAGCCAUUCACGGGGAUACUGAAGCCAAUGAAGGUAGACAACACACUCCAGAUGAAACUGACGGGGAAGGGGUCCCUAAAGGUGAAGAUUCAGGACAGGCCGACAAACUGCAUGAGAACAUCAUCCACGAGAAGCGUCUGGGUGAUGGAGAAGUUGAUGGAGAUGUCGAUGUAAGUGAAAGCACGAAACAGAUGAUCCAGGAAGACAGUAUUUCCGAGAAGAGACACUGCAGCACAAUGUCAACUGAGAUUGACGAAGCAACAGCUCAUGGUGAACAAACAGAAGUAUUGGAGAAUAAGGGAUUUUCGACAAGCACGGGUGAAUUAUCCACAAAAGAAGAGCAGGAUAUUCAAGAAGAGCAUGAUGACCAAAAAGUUGUAUCCGAGGAGCAAGCCGCAGAUAUAGUUGAGGUCAAAGAAAAAGCUGUAACAGAGUUGGUCGUGCAAGAAAAUAAGAGUCUAGAAUUAUCUUCUGCAGUGGAUUUGAAAAAAGAAGAAUGCAUUGUUAAGGACAACCAAAACGCAGAUUCUGCAGCAGCCAGAGAAGCUCCAGAGGACACACCACACGAAGAAGGUGAGGAUUGGAGUGCUCCAGUUGAGGAUCUAAAGGUGGAGCCUUCAGAAACGGAAAGUGGCACAGGAUAUGCUGAAUCUCCAGCAACAACUGAGAAAAGUGCAGAAACCAGCAAUGCUACAGAUCUCUCUGAAGAGAAUGAUAAAAUGACACAAGAAGCAACUUCAGAAAUUCAAAUGGAAGAAAAGUUCCCGGGAUCAGUCGACUCUGAGAGCCGGAACUUGAACAUUGAGGAAGUGACUAUUGAAGCUGACAAACAGCACGAGAUCAUCAUUGAAAAGAAGCAUCGUUUUGAUGAAGAAGUCAGUGUAAGUGAAAGCAUGAAGCAGGUGAUUGAGGAAGACAGCGUUCCUGAGACGGAUGUGAAAAAUGAAGAAUGCAUUGACAAGGACGACCAAACCGUAGAUGCUGCAACAGCCAAUGAAGCUGCAGAGGAUACUCCACACGAAGAACGUGACAAUCGGAGUGCUCCAGUUGAAGCUCUGAAGGUGGAGCCUUUAGAAACCGAAAGUGGGAAAAAAUAUGCUGAAUCUCCAGCAACAAUUGGAGAAAGCACAGAAACCAGCGGUGCUGCUGAUCUCUCUCCGGAGAGGGCUGAAAUGACACAAGCAGCAACUUCAGAAAUUCAAAUGGAAGAAGAGUUUUCAGGAUCAGUAGACUCUGAGAGCCGGAACUUGAAUGUUGAGCAAGCGACUAUUGAAGCUGACAAACAGCACGAAAACAUCAUUGACAAGAAGCAUCAUGGUGAUGGAGAAGUCGAUGGAAGAGAAAGCAUAAAACAGGUGAUCGAGGAAGAUAGUGUUCUUGAGACAAAAGACUGCAGCUCGGUUUCGGCCGAGUAUGAUGAAGCAGCAGUCCACGAUGAACCGACAAAAGAAGAAAUUUUGGAGAAUAAAGGAGUUUCAGAAAGCACUAGUGAGUUAUCCAUAAAGGAAGAGCGGGAUAUUUCAAAAGAACACGGCGAAGAAAAAGUUGUCUCCAUGGAGCAAUCUGGAACUACAGCUGAGGAUAUCGAAGAAGAAGAUGUAACAGAUUCGAUCCUGCAAGAGAAUGAGAGUCUACAAUUAUCUUCUUCAGCAGAGGUGACAAAAGAAGAUUGCAUUGAGAAGGACAAGCAAGUGGAAGACAUAGUCUCAGCAGCCACUGAAGCUACAGAGGACCCUCGACAUGAAGAAGAUGAGGAUCGAAGUGCUUCGGUUGAAGCUCUAAAGCUGGAUACUAUAGAAAAGGAAAGCGAGACAGAGAAUGCUGAUUCCACAAUUGAGAAAAGAUUGGAGUUAAUUGUUGAAACUGAGACGACUUCCGAUUUAAUCUCCCAGAGAAGUGAAGUGACAGAAAAUGUCGAGGCAGAAAACCAAACUGAAGAAAACACUUUAGGACCAAAGGAUUCUGAAAUUAGGAGUUCGAUCUCCGAGGAAGAGACUGUUGAGGUUGGCAAACAGGAUGAGAAUGCCAUUGAAGCAGAGGGUGUCAUCCAAGAUAAAAUCUCUGACGAAAAGGAUGACGGCGAUCACGGAAGAAAUCACGACAGUGAAGGCGGAGAGGAUACAAAGGCGACUAAUGAAAUUUCACGAGGAAAAUUAAAUACCAGCGAGGAGGGAGACUUUGGCAUAGUUCCAGCACAAAACUACUCAGUGACUGAAUCUUCUCCAAUAUUAGCAGAAAAAAAAAUAGAUGACGAAAACAACAUUGCGUCUGAUGUUCUAGCUAACGAUGCUGAAGAGUGUGUGGAAGAGGUGGUCCCUGAAAAAAUCGAGACAUCGUACGAUGACAGCAAUGCUGCAAAUAUGGCUAUGGAAGCAACGGACGUCAACUCAGGGGAAGCUGAGCAUGAUCAGACUGUAAAGGAAUCCGCACACGAGAUUCUAGCAGUAGCACAAGAUAUUGAAGUAAAGAGUAUGAUUUCAGAUGCAGCAAGAAGUGAUGCUGACCCUAACAACCACUCCGACAAUGCAUUGGAAUCUAAAAGGGAUAACAUUCUUUAUGAAGAGGAGAAUGGUGCAUUCAGGAGAGCUGACGAAAGUGCAAGCAUCAAAGAAGAGGUGAUGGAAAAGGGUUGCACAAUGGAGGAAAGUAAUGCAGCACGCAAGGAGAGAGACUCUAGCUCAGUACCAGCUGAGGAUAUUGCAGCAGAAGACCUCCCUGAACAGACAGAAGAUGGAAAUAUCGAAACUGCGGCAAAUCCAGAAAGCAACAGUGAAUCAUCUGUUAAAGGGGUAGUCGACAGUGAUAAGAAUCGAGAAGACACAAAGGUACCGGAGGAUGUCAAGAAGGAAAUCUUGGAAGAAGCAGAUUCUCGUUGGGAGAAGAUUGAUCCAGCAGCACCAGAGAUCAGCUUGCCUGAAGCUCAAGAAGACGAGAAGCCCGUCGAACAAUCCAAUAUUGACCUCGAGCAGGGGUCCCAAGAAACUGCUAAACCCGAGAUCACACAAUAUCAAAGUGCAGAGGAAAUAGAAGGAACACAAAUGGCCUCCGGGCGAGCCAAAACUUCUAUCAAUCCUGUUGAAGCAACAUAUGUCAUAGAAGAAACAACUGUAGAGGACACAGAUGUGGCUGUAAGUAAAUUCGUAACGGAAGGAAUUCCGGGAGAAGUAAGCCUAUUGGACUCUUCCGACCGCAGAGAAGUUCGUGCUCCUGUCUCAGCAUUGCCAUUGGAAGCAGCGGACAUGGAUACGACAACUAUAACCGAGGAAAUAGAAGAGACCAUGAAAGAAGUGGAGCAAAAACACAACAAGAAUCUUGAAUUAACUUCUGCUGAAUCCGCGUUGGAUGUUAAAAUUCAUGAGGUCUCCGCCAAACCAGAGGAUGCAGAAGUCAAAGAAAGGCAUUUUGAGGUGACAACUGGGAAUUCAGUGGAUGUAGAGGAGAGCAAGAAGAUCAUGAAGGUCGAUGAAAUCUCGCUGGAUAUGGCUUCAACAGAAGAGAAACAAGAACCAGUCGAGCCCUGUCCCGUGGCAGAAGAGAUAACUGAAGAGACCCGUCAAGAGAAUGAACUGAAGGACGAAGAAGUAAAAGAAGAAGAGACAGAGACACUGAAGAGCACAGUCCAUGAACUGCAGAACCAGGAUGUGAAGGACCGUGCGCUUGAUGAAGCCAGAGCACAAAAUGAAGCUGACCGGCUUUUUGUUGAAAUCCAGGAAGUAAAGAAAAGCUUUCCAAAAGAAGAGGAGGGAAAUACUGCUCAUGAAGAAGUAGCUGAACUGAAUACUAAGAACGAGAAGAGCGAGAUAAACUUUGGAAAGUGCUUACCAACAGAAUCCACAUCUUCGAAGGAAGAGGAGCUUGCUGCACAAGGAAAAGCUGAUGAAAACCCGAGCAUUGAAGAAGAGGUGAUUAACAAAAGUGUCAUCGCGGAGGAAAUCCAUGCAUCAUGCCAGGAGAGAGAGACUAGCUCAGUACCAGCUGAGGUUAUUGCAGCAAAAUACCUUAAUGAACAGACAAAAGCAGGAAAUCCAGAAGCUGAGGCCAAUCCAGUGAGCAAAAGUGAAUCCUCCACGACACAAGUAGUCGAGAAUGAUGAGAGCCGAAAAGAACAAAUAAGUAUCCCCAUGGAAGAGACGGAGGAAGUGAAGGAUGUUGAGAAGGAAAUCCCAGAAGAAGCAGAUCCUCAUUGUAAGAACAUUGGUCCUGCAGUACCAGAGAUCGGCUCGCUAGAAGCUCAAUGGGAUGAGAAGCCUGUGGAACAAUCCUAUAAUGAUCUCGAGCAGGAGUCCCAAGAAACUGCUGAAACGAAGGCUAGACUUGGGGAUGAAGAGAUUGAAGAGGCUCUUAGCAAACAAAUUGCCAGUGCAGAGGAAUUCAGAGGGAUUGAAAUGCCUUCUGAAUCGGUCAAUGGAUCCACAGAUUCUGUUGAAGCACCUGUCACCACCAUAAAAGGAACAACUGCAGAGAACAUGAAUGUGGCUGGAAGUAAACUCGAAAGCAGAGGAAUUCCUGAAGAAGUGAGUGUACCAGAGUCUUCCGAUACCAAAAGAGUGGAGCUACGACACAAUGAGAAUCUAGAAUUAACUUCUGUCACCGAGGUCAUGGAAGAAGUCGACUUUCAAAAGGCCGAGGAAGUAAGUGCAAGGGCCACUCAAUCUGUUUCAACUCUUGAAGUUCAUGAGGUCUUCGCUCAACUAGAGGAUACCGCGAUCAAUGAAAAGCAUUUUGAGGUGGAAACCGGGAAUUCAGCUGUCGAAGAGCAAACCGAGAAAGUAAUUAAAGCCAAUGACAUCUCACCGGAUAUCGCUUUUGGAGAAGAGCCGGUUUAUCCAUUUGUCCAGGAACAAGAAUCCGAUGAGCCUCAUCCAGUGGCUCAAGGAAUAACUGAUGAGAUCCAUCGUGACAAUAUACUGAAGGAAGAAGAAGUAAAAGAUGAAGAGAUGAAAGCAUUGAAGACCAUAGUCCAUGAACUUCAGUACCAGGAGGACGUAAAGGACCAUGUGCUUGUUGAAGGUAGAGCACGAGACGCAACAGACCUGGUCUUUGUUGAAGAACAUGAGUCAAAGAAAAGUUCUGCACAUGAUGAAGAAGGAAACCCUGUUCAUGAAGAGGUAGCUGAACUGAAUGUUACGAACUCCAAAAAUAGCUCGACAAAAGCCACGACAUUGAAGAAAGAGGAGAAGAAUGUAUUUCAAGAAGGUGCAUUGGCUCAUAAGGAGUUCGGAGACAUUCACGAAGAGAGCAAGCAGGAAGAAGACAGGAUUUCCGCUGUUACGCAGGAAGGUGCAAAUCCAAGUGAAAGCAGUCCAUGUGAGAUGAUGGCCACGGUGGUUCAAACUGGGAAAGUUGACGCUUUACAAAAAGCGGAUGAAACAGUUGCCAAAACAUUGGAGAAACCCGAAGAGAGCAUCCUGGUACAUGAGAAUCCUCUGGACCAACAUGGAGGAGAGGAAGUUACUCGCACUUUGGGUAGAAAGGCAUGUGAGGAGCCUGCAUCAACCGAUAUGGCUGCUGUUUCACCGUCCGACCCCCUAAAGGAUCCAUCAGCAACUGAGAAUUUGCAGGUGGCUAUGCCAAUGCACUUUGUGGAGACGAGAGACGCCAUGGACAGCUCAUUAGAAAUGCCAUCUGAGGGAGCAAAGAAAGACGAGGAGAAGGAUGAAGCCAACGAAGACAAGCACAGAAGGCCAAGCCCCGAGCAGGACACUCCUGUCAUGGUGGAGUCCUCCAAAGACAUCGAAGUUAAGGGGCACCACAAGAAGUCUCACAACAUACUGUCGGGUGUCGGGUCCAGGGUCAAGCAUUCUAUAUCGAAGGUGAAGAAAGCCAUUACCGGCAAGUCUUCUCAUUCGAAGUUGCAGUCUCCAAAGCAAAGUUCGUGAUUGCUCAUGGUCAGAAGGAAGAAAUACGAGCCAUCACACUCCCCAGACCCGAGUAUUUGGAAUGCAAUAUUUCGAUGUAAUUAGUUGUUUUAGAUGAUGCGUAUUUGUGCAGCUUGAAUUUUGCGUGACUGUUGUGCGGCUUGAAUGUCUUCUGUCUUGUGUAUAAAAUCACUUGAACAGCUAAGGAAUGUUAUAGAAUGCUUUAUUCGAAUGAUCAA